GGCCAGUCGUCGACUCGUCGUCUUCUCUACCUGGCGCUCUCCCAGAUCAGAUCACCACCACCGCCCACCGCCCACCACCGCUCACCGAGCUCGCGGUCGCCGGAGAUCACCGUUCUCCGGCGGCCCCGCGUACGCCGGUAUCAGUAAAGGUUGGUUAUCCACAUCGAAACCCCAGCUCGCGCCUCCCACCCGAGUCAGUCACGCCGCUAAAUUUGGCUCAUCCGCCAUUCAGACCAGCGCCGCUAGGGUUUUGGACCUAUGGAUCCGCUCCGGAGCUACCUGGGCCGGAUCCUCCUCGAAGAGAUCACACCGGUGGUGAUGGUGCUGUCCACACCGCUCGCCGAGGCCGCCUGCCGUAAGAACGGCCUCAGCUUCGUCGACAUGCUCUCCCCGUUCUCGCUCUUCAAAAAAAUCGACGUGCCCGUGCGGACGGCGAGCGAGGUUCCGUACAGGCUGCAAAUGUUUAAGAUCCGGAUGGUUUACGCGUCCGACGUCCGGAAGGAGGACUGCGAGGUGGCAGACGAGAAGAUUAAGCCUGUAGUUUCUGAGGCCAAUGAGAAGGCUCUUCCGGAUUUGCUUUCAGACCCGCCUCAGGCUGAAGAUGUACUUGGAAGGAAGUGCGGCCACUGGUGAGGCUUGCGUAGAGGUUGAUGAUAACGUGUAUGGUAGGCCUGAAUGCUGCUGAGGUAACUAGGAGAGAGCCUGAGGCCGAGCUGUGCCCAUUGUGGAUUAAGAAGUUCAAUAGAGAACUAAUGCGAACACUCUCAUUUUCGGAGCAUGAAACGUUUGACCAUCCCGUGGCAUGUCUUCUAGUUGUGUCAUCAAUGGACAAAGAACCAGUCAAUAAAUUUGUUGAUCUCUUCAACACAAAUCAGUUGCCAUCUCUUUUGAAUGAAGGCAUAAUGGAUCCACAGAUUUUGAAGCAUUAUCUUGUACUUCAUGACCAGCAAGAGGGGCCACAAGACAUAGCUGUGAAUGUCUUAGCUGAAAUGAGGAGUACCCUUGGUCUGAAUGACUGUAAAUUAUUAUGCAUAAAUUCGUCUACAGAAGCAGGUGGUAGUAAUGCUGACAAUUCAUGGCUACCUUAUAAAGCUCUUGUUUUGAACAAUCAUGAUGGAUCCUGUAUUCUUAGUGUGGAUGAUCUGAAUGAGAUAAAGGACUUCAUGCAAGAUUUUGUUUCAAACCAUAUCAUCCCCUACAUGGAACAAAAGAUCCGUGUCCUCAAUCAGCAGGUAGCCACAACAAGAAAGGGUUUUAGAAAUCAGAUCAAGAACUUGUGGUGGAGAAAAAGAGAUGAUGUCCCAGAAGCUCCAAAUGGGCCAAUGUAUACAUUCACCUCCAUAGAAUCACAGAUCAGAGUACUUGGUGAUUUCGCCUUCAUGUUACGGGACUACGAGCUUGCCUUGUCAAACUACAGACUACUCGCUACUGAUUAUAAGCUUGAUAAGGCUUGGAAGCGAUUUGCUGGUGUACAGGAGAUGAGUGGACUUUGCUAUUUCAUUUUGGAUCAGUCGAGGAAGGACGCGGAGUAUUGCAUGGAAAAUGCCUUCAGUACAUAUUUGAGAAUUGGAUCUUCUGGCCAGAGAAAUGCUACUAGAUGUGGCCUUUGGUGGGCUGAAAUGCUUAAAACAAGAGGACAGUAUAGGGAAGCAUCUAAUGUGUAUUUCCGUGUUUCUAAUGAGGAACCUUCUUUGCAUUCUGCUGUACUGCUUGAGCAAGCCGCUUGUUGCUAUCUAUUAUGCAAUCCACCCAUGCUUCGGAAAUACGGAUUUCACCUAAUCUUAGCUGGGAAUAGCUACUUCGUGUCUGAUCAGAAACAACAUGCUGUUCGGGUGUACAGAAAUGCUUUGUUCGUUUACAAACAAAACCCUUGGAGUUACAUCAACAAUCAUGUACACUUUAAUAUUGGAAGGUGGUAUGGAGUUCUCGGGAUACUUGACGUAGCCAUCAAGCACUUGCUUGAGGUCAUUGCUUGUAGCCAUCAGUCGCUGACUACACAAAACAUGUUCCUCAAUGAUUUUUUCCAUUAUGUUCAGAGCAUGGGGAAGAAAUUUGAUGUGUACAAGCUCCAACUUCCUGUUUUUAACAUGUCAUCUCUCAAAGUUCUACAUGAGGAUCAUCGCACUUAUGCAUCACAUGCAGAUGUUGGCGUUAGUGAAAGCACGUGGCAGGAGCUGGAGGAAGAAUUGAUCCCAUCAUCAUCAAUUGUCAAAACUAAUUGGCUGGAUACUCAGCCAAUGAGAAAAUACAAGGACUCCUGUAUUUGUGUGGCUGGAGAAGCAGUAAAAUUGAGUGUUGAACUUAAAAAUCCCCUCCAAAUUCCUGUUGCUGUUUCUGGCAUCUCUAUUAUAUGCCAGCUUUCCAGCACUUUGGAUGCAUUAAGUUCUGAUGUUAGUGGACUGGACUUGGAUGGUGGGGAAGAUAAGGUUAACACAGAGCCAUCUAUUUCAAUGUUGGAGACUGAUGGAGAUAAGUUUACAUUGUCAAAGCUUGACAUUGUAUUAGGAGGAGGUGAAAGUAAAAGAGUGCAACUUGAUGUUACUCCAAAGGUUGAAGGUAUUUUGAAGUUGGUUGGGAUAAGGUGGACUCUUUCAGAGUCAGUAGUAGGUUAUCAAUACUUUGAAUUUAAUGCACAGAAAAAAAUCAAGAAAGGGAAAAGAGGCCCACACCGUUCUUGGAAUAACAGCCUGGUUGUAAUCAAGGGUUUACCAAAACUUACAGGAUCUAUUGAUCGCAUGCCUACAAAAGCGUUUGCUGGUGAUUUAAAGCUGCUUACACUAAAUCUGAGAAACCAUUCCGAAUAUGCUGUGAAGGGUAUAAAAAUGAAACUUAGCAACCCAAGAUUUUUAAUUCCCGGCGAUUCAUCGGACAUUGGCCUCAAGUUCCCACACUGCUUAAAGAGGCACGUGCAAUCAGAAAGCAGUGUUGUAUCAGCCAAAACUAUGAAGGACAAUUUCAAGAGUCUGCUCUUUGCAUUUCCUCAGGAUAUAGAAAUUCAAGCAGGGGCAGCACUCUCUUGGCCUAUUUGGUUUCAUGCGGCAACUCCUGGAAAUGUUUCUCUUUAUAUAUCUCUGUAUUACGAAAUGGGGAGUUCCAGUGAUAUUAAAUACCGUACACUACGCAUGCACUUCAAUCUUGAGGUUUUGCCGUCACUUGACGUAUCCUUUUCUGUAAGCACGUCCUCAUCAAGAUUGCAAGAGUAUAUUGUUCGCAUGGAUGUCAUGAACAAGACUCCAUCAGAGUCAUUUGUGCUUCAUCAGUUAUCAUGUGUCGGUGAUAAAUGGGCAGUUUCAGCAUUGGCGGCGUGCAGUUCAAUCAACUCUGUUGAAACAGUAUCAGAAAAUCAGGCUGUGUCGUACUUCUUCAAAAUUAAGGAUUGUGAGGCGGAUUCUUGUAAAGAGGCAGAAAGUGAUUCCUGCACAAGCGAUAUGGCUUUGUGUCCAGGAAGUAGCACUGAUCUGUUUGACAUUGCACGAUCUCCUUUUGUUGAUUUUCACCAUCAAGAAAGAUGCAGGCAAGUGAAGAUGGCAAAGGGGCCAUGCAGCCUUCUUGAUUUUGUUCUAAUCUCAAAGGCAGUUGAUAACUCUUCCAAGCCUACUCCAGACUUCGAACUACUUUCUCAUCACACAUGUCAUUGCAGUGCUCUAAGCCAGAACCCUAUAUGGUGGCUUAUGGAAGGGCCUCGGACAAUUAGUCAUGAUUUCUCAAAGUCUUAUUGUGAGGCUAACCUCCAAUUGGUCAUUCACAAUUCAGAAGCUCAUAAGAUUUUGGUGAGAGUGGUCACUUUUGAUGUAAUUCCAGAGAAAACCGUCCAUCCUCAUGACUCAACCAGUGCUCAGGGUGGAUGGUAUGAUGUAUCACUGGAAAGUGACGUAAAGGCCAUCUCUAGUUCCAAGAGUACACAUCAAGAGAAGCGAUCUUCGAAGAGCAUUCCACCAUAUGUUUGGUGUUCAUUGAGUUGUGCUCAAAUCGAGCUCCAACCUGACAGUUGUGCUAGAGUUCCUCUAAAAGUGUGCAUAUUUGCACCGGGCACAUACAAUUUUUCCAAUUAUGAGCUGCAAUGGAAAGUGCAUCUAUCUGAGGGACCACAUGUGGGUGAAAAUGAGAACCGGUUAUCUGGCGGUGGUCUAGGCUAUCCUUUCUAUGUCACUGUCCUUCAAGGUGUCUAAGUAAUUAUCAGGAUUCAAGAAGUACCUUCUUGAGCGUCAAUAUAGACCAGUGCAAAACUCAGGAACUACACCCAAUUGCAACGGGCUGAUGAUAAUAGGUGCCAGCCAGUCCAGUUUGUGCAAAGAUCUGCCCCGGAAGUUCCCUGACUGAAUAUACUUGGAUACGCUCAUGGUUCUGCUUCGGUACCGAUAUAUUUACACGUCAUUUUGAAGGAUGAGUUCUGGUGAGUACAUGUAUACAAUUGUCGCUGGGAACAAAAACUAACGGUAAUUGCUGGUGGAUUUUUGGCAGACAGAAUAUACCGAUAGAAGUUUUGCUUGUCUAAUUGUUGAUGGUGGCUAGUAGGAGCAUAUACUAUUCCUGUACAUCCUGUUUAACUUGUCGCUGCUAGACGAUUUCGCAAAUGUAGUAUGUAGUGGUAGAUGGAUCCGAUAAAUUUUCUGUAAUUUUGACGAGGUAAUCAGGCAAUCGUCUCGAGAUUGUUGUUGUAUGGGCGACAGUAUUUUUUCAUUGUUUGUACAAUCCUUUUAAAAAUCAUCGUCUGGCCUUGAGCCUUUAUGCCAUAUGGGUAUAUGUUGAUUCCCCU